AUGGAUGUAGGUUGGAUGGCCACCGAUGUGCUGCAGAAGGCAAAGCGUGCCAUGGUCAACCGUGCAUUGCUUCUUGAAUUGGCAUCACAAUUAUGCGUGUUGGCCCAAAUCACUUCGAGAGUGUCGGACGGCCAAGUAAAUUCGCUCUCCGUGUCAGAAAGGGCCCGUUAUAGAGCAUCCAACCUCAUAAUCAUCAAAAUCCAUAGAUACGUGAAAGGAUAUACGUCGAAACCGUCCAUUAUACAGGCCAUCUUCGCCUUAUCAACGGCGGUCAGUUUACAAAAGUACGUUGCUGAGGUGAAGGCAUUACUUGUCUGGUUCGAGAGGGCCGACAGCACCCAUGAUCACCCAGUUGGAGGCUCUGUCCCCCGGGUGACAGAAAGUAGAGCGCCUACCCUUCAGCCUGACGAGCCAACACGACAAGGUCUCACGCCAAUUGCUUUAUCCUUCCCUUCAUCCCCCGGUGUGGUGGUUUGCAACAUCUACCAAACCCAAAACAAUAGGCACAUCAAUAACAAUCACUCGACCUCGACACGCAUCAACUGUGGAAACACGACGACGACGAGCCUUACCAACGUUGGUAAUAAUCACUGCGUGACGAGAAUAAGGUAG